AUGCCGCGCAGAUACCCAACCCUGAGGACCUUCAGGUCUGCCUAUAUCUCUACGGAAUGCGGUACUCUCUCCGAGGGCGAUGAGUGUUGUAUCUGCCUCGACCCAUACGAUAAUAGUUCACACCAAGCUGUAGGUGUCACCAGCAACAGCGAGUGCGGACAUGUGUUUGGACGCCAGUGUCUUGAAGCCUAUCUGGACAGCACCAACCCCGGCAAGAACACAUGUCCAGUCUGUCGCCGAAAAUGGUACACUCGAAGAUCGAUCAACCUUUCCACUCCCAGAGACACCAACACUUCGCAGGUGUUGGCUCCUCCUACCCAAUUACGAACCCCUACACGAGACGGUGUUGAAUCGAGGGCACUGCAACGACUGACUUCGCGCGAACACGUACAAGCUACCAGUAACAUUAGUAUAGGCCGGCAUGUGGAGCAGCUUGUCAACAAUAUGGAAUUCAUCGAAGCUCUGGAGGCUACAGGUGCACCGCCUCUAGACCAGGAGGUGAGAGUUCGCCUUCGACAGCUCCAAGGUCGGAUACGUGCGUUCCUCGACAGGAAUGACGAGACAGUCGAAGCCUCUGUAGGCUCUAUCGCUCCUCGUUCACGACCUCACGCUGUGUUGCAAGGCACCGCAGAACGAACAUCCAGACAUUUGCCAGACCUGGUCAUUGCAGAGCUUGACAACGGUCAAGAUCCGUAUUCGCUACUCGGUGUCGCUUUUCAAAACAGCACACUAUCGCUCCCAGACCUUUCAGCCCCUCGUAUGCAAGCGUCACAGCAGUCCAACUUUUCGCCAGCGGUUGCACCUCCGAUGCGAAACAGCAGAAGGGGUCCUACAGCUCUUGCCAGGACCACCACUAUCAGCCGCUCGGGUCGUGCAAUGCCUAGACUCCGGAUACCGACGCCAACUGCACGAACAGAAGCACACCAGCCUCAAACAGGACGAGUACGUCUGCAAUCCUUAAAUGGGUCUCGCUCGCAACCAACGAUUCAAGGAAUCAAUACACAGAUGAUGGAGGGGCACCUACAAGCAUAUUGGAGUGAGAAUCCUGAUAGUAGCAACAUGCGGCAAUCCGAAUCACUUCCCAAUCGUCGCAGUGCGCUGCCUGAUAUCGCAGAGCUGGAGGGCACUUCGCCGCCACUCUCAUUUGCUGGCACCGCAGCCAAUCAAGCCAUAAGUAGAGAUGUCGACCGACGCUCUGUCCACACUACCAAUCACGAGAUUGAGCGAGCCCAACUCCUCCUCCCCAGAUAUCCGACAUCGCGCCUGCGUCGGUCGAACAGCACCUUGGGAUUACCCAAUGACUCUCAGCCAGUCGGUACGCCCCCGCAGCCCAUACUCGCAGCUUCCAUGGCGCAGCGGCCAGCCGGUCUCAGGAGUCGAAUAACAGCACCGGACUCUCCGCAUGGAUUCUCACGUAUGAUGAGCAUCUCCAAUCUUCUCGAUUUGGUAUCUCGCAACCGUGCAAGAUAG